CCCCCUUCUUCCCCCUCCCUCCACCACCGACCUUUCUCUGCAGAGAAGGAGCGUCAUGGCCGAGCAGGCGUAUUCGUGGGCCUAUUCCCUUGUGGAUUCCAGUCAAGUCUCUACUUUUCUUAUCUCCAUUCUACUUAUCGUCUAUGGAAGCUUCAGGUCUCUCAAUAUGGACUUUGAGAACCAAGACAAAGAGAAAGAUGGGACGGGUUCACCUGGUACUUUCAAUGGAAACAAUACAAACAAUAGCAUCCAGACUAUAGAUUCUACACAAGCUCUGUUUCUUCCAAUAGGAGCUUCGGUGUCGCUCUUAGUGAUGUUCUUCUUCUUCGAUUCGGUUCAAGUGGUGUUCACAAUUUGCACUGCAGUUCUCGCUACAAUAGCCUUUGCCUUUCUGCUGCUCCCAAUGUGCCAGUAUUUAACAAGACCCUGCUCACCUCAGAACAAAAUUUCCUUUGGCUGCUGUGGGCGAUUCACCGUUGCCGAACUGCUGUCCUUUUCCCUCUCCGUCUUGCUUGUACUUAUUUGGGUAUUAACGGGGCACUGGCUACUGAUGGAUGCUCUGGCAAUGGGGCUUUGUGUAGCCAUGAUUGCCUUUGUGCGAUUACCAAGUCUUAAAGUUUCCUGCUUGUUGCUCUCUGGACUCCUCAUUUAUGACGUCUUCUGGGUGUUCUUCUCUGCCUACAUCUUCAACAGCAACGUAAUGGUGAAGGUGGCCACUCAGCCUGCUGACAAUCCUUUAGAUGUGCUGUCGAGGAAACUUCACUUGGGACCCAAUGUAGGACGGGAUGUUCCUCGUUUGUCACUCCCAGGGAAGCUGGUGUUUCCAAGUUCCACAGGCAGCCAUUUUUCUAUGCUCGGUAUUGGGGACAUCGUCAUGCCAGGGCUCCUGCUGUGCUUUGUGCUUCGUUAUGACAACUACAAGAAGCAGGCAAACAGCGAGGCCAUCCCUCCCAUCAUCCUGGGCCGCAUGCAGAAGGUGUCAUACUUCCACUGCACCUUAAUUGGCUACUUUAUAGGCCUUUUGACUGCCACUGUAGCAUCAAGAAUUCACCGGGCCGCCCAGCCUGCACUUCUGUACCUUGUUCCGUUCACACUGCUACCACUGCUUACCAUGGCAUAUUUAAAGGGUGACCUGCGACGUAUGUGGUCGGAACCUUUUCACCCCAAGGCAAGCAGUUCCAGGUUCCUGGAGGUAUGAUGGGACAAAGUGCUGCUGAGGUCGGGAUGAUAACCUGCUGGGCACCAGGUGUUUUGUGUCUUGUGGUUUCAUUCUUCUCAUCAAGCACGAAAGGUGCUUAAAGAGGUAGCGAAAGGCAGUGGGGGAAUUAUUUCCUUUUUAUGGAACACAGACCCUGUACAAUUAAUUCAACCCACCAACGGUUUUGGCGAUUAGCAGCAGACUCUUGCCGGCCGUGUAUAUUAUAAAACAGACGCCUCUUUUAAACAGCAAGACGUCAGGGCUAAUCUUGUACAUAGAUCUGUGAACGUAGAAGACGCAUCUUUGAAUAAACCCGUAUUAAGGAACCAGCACCUAAAUCGGCCGCUAUUUAGAUUGUCUUGAACUUUGGCUCGAACGAGAAGACAAGGCGUCCGACAUAUCUUUUGAGACUCGAUAAUUAUUGCUGUUCUUGUGAGGUGACAACAUUUUUUUCCACAGCCGUGAGUGAGUAUGCGGUAAGCUCUGUGCUGUAAUUAACUUUACACCCGAUGUAUUGUUGCAGUGAUCCAGAGAGGUAACGACAUCAAGAUGAAUCAUGUUGUGUACUGAAGUGGCCUGUUGUAAAUUUUAGCAUGUAUAGCAUUAAAUAUUGCUUCUGUAUAAGACCCUUUUCCAAAAUGCUCCCCUCCCCUCCCCGCCCCUCCCACCCCACCACCAUAAUAACGUGAUUUAGAAAUGUAAAUGUAGUUUGCACUUGUACCUGUGUUAAUUACCCCCCAGUUGAUCUUGCACAAUUAUGAUUGGUGUAGCAAAAAAAAAGGCUUAACUUUUUUAUGGUUUCCCCUUUUAGUUAUCUUUUUUUUCUUUUGGUUUGGUUAAUUUUGCUAAUGCAUGUAUGAUAGCAGUACUUGUUAUUUGAUUGUAGUGCUUUAUUCCUUGUAAAUAUUUUUUUUGUAUACAUUUGUUUAAAUGUGUAACGUUUCCUCUAUCUACCUGUUGAUGAGUGUAAUCUGGUCCCAGGUUUACAAGCAGUAUCUGUUUUGUAACUUGGGUUUGUAUUAGGUUCACAGAAUUUUUUUUCUUCCUUCCGAUAAGCAUUGACUUACGCUGCUGAUGUUAGCAGCCUUUAAUAUUACAGUGACACAAAAAGCCCAGUGUGUCUGUAGACUUCCCAUCUUCAUUGAUUUUUGGGUGAACAAGACACCUACAGUCUCGCAACAUAGAGAUUGUGUCAUAAAUUGCAGGUGCCUGGAAGUGCAUUUCGUAUAAAAUAACUAACUUUAAACAGUGUUUCAGGUUCUUCCCCCCCACCUGGCCAAUCCCCCCCACCAGAGAAAAUGUGAAGCCCUCGACAUUUUGGAAGAAUAAUUUUUUUUUUGAAUUCACGGAGUGUAAUGUUUUUGUGCUGUAGAAUAGACAAGUCGCCAAAGCCAUUUUAUAGACGUGGCUUUGGGGAGCUUGAAGCAAUCAGAUGGACUGAAUGGAUACUGUACAAUCCUCUGUACACAAAGUAGUGUAUUUUGGCCCUGGAAAUGAACAAUACCUUUCAUCUCUAUAUAACAUCAGCAGUCAGACUCCUUUGUAAAUAAAAUUAAAAGUUCAAGUGCA